CCACAAUAGGUAACGGGCCUGACUCGUGCAUACGGAACAACGACUUCUGGAGGGCCUCGGCGUCACGCACUGAAAAGCCCCAACGGCCAUGCAGGCCAAGUUUCUUGCCCUCGCUUUGGCGGGGCUGGUCGGCCUGUCGUGCGCACAUGCACUGCUCUCUUCAGCCGACAUGCUGGCCCUGGCUCAGGUUGAGCCGGAGCGUGCAUUUGGGCUGUGGGCGACUCAGCACGCGCGCACAUACAGCGAGGGAUCUCCGGAGUACACUCGGCGCCUGGGUGUGUUUGCGGACAACGUGAGGGCCAUUGCGGAGCAGAACAGGCGCAACACGGGCAUCACGCUGGCUCUUAACGAGUACGCGGAUGAGACGUGGGAGGAGUUCGCGGCCAAGCGCCUAGGCCUCAAGAUCUCCCAGGAGCAGCUGAAGGCCAGGGAGGCUCGCAGCAGCAGCAGCAGCAGUAGCAGCUGGCGCUAUGCCCAGGUGCAGACGCCCGCGGCUGUGGACUGGCGUGCCAAGAACGCCGUGACCCAGGUCAAGAACCAGGGCCAGUGCGGUUCCUGCUGGGCCUUCUCCGCGGUGGGCUCCAUCGAGGGCGCCAACGCGCUCGCCACCGGGCAGCUGGUGGCGCUCAGCGAGCAGCAGCUGGUGGACUGCGACACUGCCUCCAACAUGGGCUGCAGCGGCGGCCUUAUGGACGACGCCUUCAAGUACGUGCUGGACAACGGCGGCAUUGACACCGAGGAAGACUACAGCUACUGGAGCGGGUACGGGUUCGGCUUCUGGUGCAACAAGCGCAAGCAGACCGACAGGCCUGCUGUGUCCAUUGACGGCUACGAGGACGUGCCCACCAGCGAGCCCGCGCUGCUCAAGGCCGUGGCGGGGCAGCCCGUGGCGGUGGCCAUAUGCGCCAGCGCCAACAUGCAGUUCUACAGUAGCGGCGUGAUCAACUCGUGCUGCGAGGGGCUGAAUCACGGCGUGCUGGCUGUGGGGUACGACACAAGCGACAAGGCCCAGCCCUACUGGAUCGUCAAGAACAGCUGGGGCGGCAGCUGGGGAGAGCAGGGCUACUUCCGCCUGAAGAUGGGUGAGGGCCCCAAGGGCCUGUGCGGCAUCGCCUCCGCCGCCUCCUAUGCCGUCAAGACCAGCGCCGUCAACAAGCCCGUGCCCACCAUGUGCGACAUGUUCGGCUGGACCGAGUGCGGCGUGGGCAACACCUGCUCCUGCUCCUUCUCGCUGUUCGGCUGGCUGUGCCUCUGGCACGACUGCUGCCCGCUGGCCGACGCCGUCAGCUGCCCCGACCUCAAGCACUGCUGCCCCGCCGGCACCACCUGCAACGCCGCGCAGGGCGCCUGCAUCGCUGCUGACGGCGCCUCCUCCACUCCCUGGGUGGACAAGACCAAGGCCAUGGUGGCCAACACGCCCGCCGCCCACGCCCGGCAGGCGGAGGUGGAGGCGGCGCAGGCCAGGCAGGAGCAGCAGCAGCAGCAGCGGGCCGCGCACGCGUUGGGCGAAGCCGACAUGCUGCUGGCUCGGGGCGGCGGCAAGGGCGGCGAGCGCAAGCGCAUUGAGCGCAUUGCUCCCCAGUAGUUAGGAGGUGUGUUGUGAUCAGCGGGGCCUCUGGGGAGGUGGUUGCGUGAUUGUCUGGUUGGUGCUGCUUUAGUGAAGCGGUUGGAAGAGAGGUCGCGCCGACGCUGUUGGUGGUGGGGUUGUAAAUACCAGCCCAAACGAACCCUGAUUGUCUGCGGCGGGCGCGCGUUUCCCCGGCUGCGGUUGCAUUCGCAGCUGUUUGCGGUAGCUAUAAUUUGCACGGCUGAGGCUGUUCCACUUCCUUUGCAACUAUCAUAUGGGUGCGCGGCUGUACAAUGAAGGAUGUUGAACCUUCGACUAUCGUGUUCGCGCCUUCGCGGCGCCUGUUGAGAUAGGGGCGCCCCCACGCACACGUCUUACCGUGACCUGUACCAUUAUGACUUUUGCGUUUGGAGGGUGGUGCUGGGACGGUUCCUGGUUGCGGCGCAGUGAGUUGGCCGGUGGCACAGUGUAGGAGUACACGGGGCGUGACUGGGCGUGCGGCAGCAGGGUUUGCAACACCCAUCAUGCAAUGCAGCGAGGGCCCAUUUUUAAGCUGACGUUCCCAGUCAUUCGGCAUACAUACAUAGUGCCAAGGGUGCCGUGGGGCCUCCCAACUAAUUGGUGUUCACGGCCCUCGGACUGUUUGUGCGACGGGCUCUUGACCUGUAACAGUAUUAUGCG